UCCACCAUAUAUUGUUUCUUAGUGGUCAUACAGUCCAUCAUCUAUUGUUUCUUAGUGGUCAUACAAUCAACCAUAUAUUGUGUCUUAAUGAUCAUACAGUGCACCAUAUAUUGUUUCUUAGUGGUCACACACCCACCAUAUAUUAUUUUCUUGGUGACCUUACAGUCAACCAUAUAUUAUUUCUUAGUGACCUUACACUCAACCAUCUAUUGUUUCUCAGUGAUCAUACAGUCAACCAUAUAUUGUUUCUUAGUGGUCAUACAGUCAACCAUAUAUUGUUUCUUAAUGAUCAUACAGUGCACCAUAUAUUGUUUCUUAGUGGUCACACAGUCAAUCAUUUAUUGUUUCUUAGUGGUUAUACAGCCCACAAUAUAUUAUUUUCUUAUGACCUCACACUCAACCAUCUAUUGUUUCUCAGUGAUCAUACAGUCAACCAUAUAUUGUUUCUCAGUGAUCAUACAGUCAACCAUAUAUUGUUUCUUAGUGGUCAUACAGUCCAUCAUCUAUUGUUUCUCAGUGAUCAUACAAUCAACCAUAUAUUGUUUCUUAGUGGUCACACAAUCAAUCAUUUAUUGUUUCUUAGUGUGGUUAUACAGCCCACCAUAUAUUAUUUUCUUAGUGACCUUACAGUCAACCAUAUAUUGUUUCUUAGUGACCUUACAGUCAACCAUCUAUUGUUUCUCAGUGAUCAUACAGUCAACCAUAUAUUGUUUCUUAGUGGUCAUACAAUCAACCAUAUAUUGUUUCUUAGUGGUCAUACAGUCAACCAUCUAUGGUUUCUUACUGGUCAUGCAGUCAACCAUAUAUUGUUUCUCAGUGACCUUAAAGUCAACCAUAUAUUGUUUCUCGGUGAUCAUACAGUCCACCAUAUAUUUUUUCUUAGCGGCCAUACCGUCCAUCAUCUAUUGUUUCUUAGUGGUCAUACAAUUAACCAUAUAUUGUUUCUUAGUGGUUAAAGUCAAUUAUCUGUCUCUUAGCGGUUACAGUCAACCACCUGUUGUCUCUCAGUGGUUUAAGUCAACCAUAUAA